AUGCCUUUCCCUCCCCCGCAGGCUGCACAGUCUGACAUCCCACAGCCUAUAAACCCGCGGGCAAAGCGACCACCACCCAGGAAGAACAUCAUGAGCCUGUCUUUGCAGAACGAUGUUCAGCUUCCUACAUCAAAAAAGGCCCGGAAACCACGCAGGAAUAGGAAAAGCCUCCCAGCUAAACAAGGGGCACAAGGAACACAGGACCUGUUCAAGAAGGUUUGCAGCAUCCUGAACGAACUGACGCCUCAGAACUUCAGCCAGGUGAUGAAGCAGGUGACUUCUUUGACCAUCGAAACGGAGGAGCAGCUCAUAGGAGUCACUGACCUGGUUUUUGAGAAAGCCAUCGACGAGCCCAUUUUAUCGGCGGCCUACGGGAACAUGUGCCGCUGCCUCGCCACGCUCAAAGUGCCCAUCACCGACGAACCGGGCAACACAGUGAGCUUCCUCCAGCUGCUGUUGAGCCGUUGUAGGAAGGAGUUUUAUAAAGAGGAUGAACCGCUAUUUAGGACGAGGCAGAAGGAGCUGGACUCUGCUGCAUCGGUAAGUACUGAUCGUGAACGACUGCAGAAAGAGUUGCAGGAAGCCAGGGACAUUAUCCGGCGGCGGUCAGUCGGUAACAUCAAGUUCAUCGGCGAGCUCUACAAGCACAAGAUGCUAAAAGAGCCCGCCAUGCAUGACUGCGUGAUAAACCUGCUGACCAACUACGAUGACGAUUCUUUAGAGAGUCUCUGCAGCCUGCUCAACACCAUCGGCAAGGAAUUUGAUUUAAUGGUGGCCAAGCGGAUCAUGGAUAAGUAUUUUCACCAGAUGCAGACGAUCGUCACAGAGGGGAAGACGUCCUCUCGGAUACAGUUCAUGUUGAAGGAAAUCAUAGACCUGAGAUUGCACAAUUGGGUGUCCAAAAGACCAGACCAGGGUCUGAAAACCAUUACUAAAAGCCACAAGGAGGCAAAUAUUGAAAAGCAGGAGGAGCAAAGAAAGGUGCAGGUGCAACCUCUCUCUAAGGUCGACAAGAGCCCAGAGUUCGCCAAGCCUAUAAACCUUGAGGCGCGGCGACCACCACCCAGGAAGAACAUCAUGAGCCUGUCUUUGCAGAACGAUGUUCAGCUUCCUACAUCAAAGAAGGCCCGGAAACCACGCAGGAAUAGGAAAAGCCUCCCAGCGAAACAAAAGGCACAAGGAACACAGGACCUGUUCGAGAAGGUCUGCAGCAUCCUGAACGAACUGACGCCUCAGAACUUUAGCCAGGUGAUGAAGCAGGUGACUUCUUUGACCAUCGAAACGGAAGAGCAGCUCAAAGGAGUCACUGACCUGGUUUUUGAGAAAGCCAUCGACGAUCCCAUUUUAUCGGCGGCCUACGGGAACAUGUGCCGCUGCCUCGCCACGCUCAAAGUGCCCAUCACCGACGAACCGGGCAACACAGUGAGCUUCCUCCAGCUGCUGUUGAGCCGUUGUAGGAAGGAGUUUUAUAAAGAGGAUGAACCGCUAUUUAGGACGAGGCAGAAGGAGCUGGACUCUGCUGCAUCGGUAAGUACUGAUCGUGAACGACUGCAGAAAGAGUUGCAGGAAGCCAGGGACAUUAUCCGGCGGCGGUCAGUCGGUAACAUCAAGUUCAUCGGCGAGCUCUACAAGCACAAGAUGCUAAAAGAGCCCGCCAUGCAUGACUGCGUGAUAAACCUGCUGACCAACUACGAUGACGAUUCUUUAGAGAGUCUCUGCAGCCUGCUCAACACCAUCGGCAAGGAAUUUGAUUUAAUGGUGGCCAAGCGGAUCAUGGAUAAGUAUUUUCACCAGAUGCAGACGAUCGUCACAGAGGGGAAGACGUCCUCUCGGAUACAGUUCAUGUUGAAGGAAAUCAUAGACCUGAGAUUGGAGUUCUAA